GAUUCGCGGAAGUGGUUUAACAGUGUAACGUCACCAGCCAAUACCCGUCUUUCAGUUUCAAACUUUCCGAGAGUUGACAAAAACACCUUAAUGAUUCAUAAUUUGAGCAUGUUAAAGGACUUCUCGUACUUUUGCAGACUUUUGUAGAGACAUUUUAAAGUAUGUUUAAGAAUCUGGGAAGCUGGCUUGGAAUUGAAAAUGGAGAUGAACAAGGUAAGCAACAUGGCGAGUGUGUUGUUGAUGUUAAAGAAGACCAAAGUCACGACCUAAACAAACCGACUGCAGCUGCUAAAGAAGAUGUUCAACCAGCUCAACUUCUGCAGACAGCUAAGGGCGUCAGUGGUUACAUUUAUAAUUUCGCCAGCAGUGCCUCCAAGAAACUGUCUGAGUCCGUGGUGGAAACAGCACAAACCUUCAAGAAAAGUGUGGAAGAGGGAAAGAUGAACGGGAUCAUCGAUAAGACCAUUUUAGGUGAUUUCCAGAAAGAACAAAAUAAAUUUGUUCAGGAGAAAAAGGCAAAAAAAUCUGGUGCUGCUGUGCCUCCGUGGGUUGGUUAUAAUGAAGAAGAAACUAUGCAGCAGCAGAUUUUAGCCCUCUCAGCUGACAAAAGGAAUUUUUUGCGAGAUCCUCCUGCUGGAGUGCAAUUUCACUUUGACUGUGAGCAAAUGUAUCCGGUCGCCAUGGUGAUGUUGGAGGAGGAUGAGCUCCUUCGGAAGAUGCGCUUCCAUCUGGUCCCCAAACAGGUGAAAGAGGAGGCCUUCUGGAAGAAUUACUUCUACCGUGUGUCCUUAAUAAAACAGUCGGCUCAGCUCACAGCUCUCGCGGCACAGCAGGCUGCUGAGCAGAGAGGCGUGGAGAAAACUGGCACCAGUCCUGAGGAGGUUCAACAAAAGGAUGUUGUUAAACAGAAAACUCAUGCUGCCAACCGUAGAAACAAACCAAAGUCAAGUGAGGACGAGGAGGAGAUCUCCACCAGCCCGCCUGUGUCUGAAUUUGUGAGCGAUGCUUUUGACUCAUGCAGCAUAAAUGAGGACGACCUACGCAAAGAAAUGGAACAGCUGGUUCUCGAGAAGAGGGAGCAUCCAGACGCCCAGCAGGAGGAGACUCCUGACUGGGAGCGAGAGCUGCAGGAGGAGCUGCAGGAGUACGACGUGCUGCCUGACAACGAGAACCACGAUGACAACUGGGACAGAGAGAUUGAAGAGAUGUUAAAAGAGGAGAGUUAGAGCUCGGACACACGCUCCACCAGCUCUUAACUGUUUCAGAAUCACCUUAAAGGUCAGACAGCACACAUGACUGAAGCUUUAAAGCUCCCAGUGGAUUCAUUCAUCUUGAUAACUGGGACUCAGAGGGAUAAGUAACACUGAACCUCAUCAACAUUUCAGUGUGCUAUUUCUAUGUCCUGAAUGGUUCUUUGGUUUAAUGCAUAAAUAUUUAGCAUUGUCUCCUUCAGUUAAGAUAAAGGGAGGUGUUGUCCUGCGUACACCUCCUCAGAGAACACACAGUUUGCCUCAGAUUCUGCCUCAGACUUUAAGGUGAGAUGAUAACUUUUGAUAAUCAAUGUCGCUGUUGUCACAAGUGAGAAAAUUAAGUUAAAGUACAACCAAGACUCAAAAAAGAUUUAGGAUGCUGGCUAAAACCUGAAUACUUGUGUUGGUUAACUAAUAUGUUUUGAUAUAUUUUAGUAUUGCUCAAACAUACACUCUAGUAAGUAUACACUGGUAUGGGGGCGCCUGAUAUUUGAGGAUAUGUAGAGCUCCCCAUGAAUAGGGGCUACAGUCCUCAUCCUCGCGUGAACGUGGAAUCUUACCUUGGCCACUCUCUCUUUCCAACAAUUUUUGUCUCUCUUCAGAUGUCCUGUCCAAUAAAAGGCUAAAUGUCCCCAAAAAACAUUUAGUUUAAUUAAGGUUUACACAGCAUCUAAACUUUUUUUUAUCAAGUUCUUGGUGAAAAAUCACAGAUCAUGCAAACCAGCUCAGCUGCCUGUUACACAGCAUCCAAAGGUUACUACCUUUAGCUACCUUUAAAGCCCAGAAGCUACAGAAAUAUCAGACCCAACUGUGAGUAUAGAAUUGAGUAAGGGUGCAUAAAACAUCCAGAUAAUGAAGGAACAAAUACAGUCUAGAGACGUUUUCACGUGCACUCAGGAGGACUGCUCCUGAAAUCUACCAGAUCCGAUUGUUCACACAUGCACCUCACAGGGCCUCAGGGUCUCCUAAAGAAAGACAUGAAGCAACAGAGUCCACUAUGCAACACUGCAAUGAGAAUGUUUGCCUUUAUGUCAAUGCUAUGUGUAGUUCAACUGAAUCACAACAUCAGAAGUAGAGCAUACUGGAGAACAGACACCAUAAUGACACAGUCUAUGGUCACGCCCCAAUCACAGGGAAUAAACGUCAGCAUCCCAAUCACCCGAGGUAAAUUCUCCUGAUUAUAUCCUGCUGAUUAUAUCCUGCGGCUCACUCAGACUUUCUGUGGGAAAAAUCCUCGGGGGGCUGGCAGAAGAAACUUUGGAUGAAGUCCGAGUGAAAAAAAAUGUGUCUGUUUGUCGUUCACACAUACAGCUCACCCUGAAAACUUCAGGAGCUUUUUAGGAGUUUUGUACAAGUGUGAACAAGGCUUAACUUUUACAGUUGAAGUUUUUAAUCCUAAACUGCAGAAAUAUCAUUCAAUAAAAUCCAUCAACAUGUAUAUUUCUUCAAGAUAUUGCCACAUAACCAGUAGAGCAUAUUAUUAAACAACGUUUAUCCUUUGACUGAGACAACAUUGUUCAUCAAUAAAAUGCUUGAUGAUGCUUUGAUAGCCUAUAAGAUGUGAUACUUUUUAGACUUACUUUACAUUAACAGUGCCUUCCUGUGUUUAGAGUAUGUUUAUUCUUGGAACGUGGGAAUUUUAUCCAAAUGAUGAAAGUGAAUGACUGACUAUGAACGCACACAAGCCCACAUCCUUUAUACUGUAGAUGCUGAUAUAAUGUGUAGACAUGUUUGUCCUGUUUGUACCAAGAAAAUAGAGCCAUAACCCAUCGUAUUUUAUUAUUAUCUACUGUGAUUUCAAACUUCAGUUAUAUUUUUAGUUGUUAUAAUGGCUGUUCUGUCUGAUGCUCGUUGAAGUGUUUCUUUAAAGGUUAUAUGUGGUUUGUUUUCAUUGAGACAUAAAAACAUUAAACGUGCCUUCAUUAAAAAAAUA